AUGCCGAACGAUCCAGCGCGACAACAUGGGACGGAGGAUGGAGGACGGAAUGACUGCAGCAACCGGGAAGCCGCCCGAAAAUACAUUGCGACUUCGCGAGAACCUUGCGAUGGCCCUGCGAUGGCCAGGAUGCGGGCACGGAUCGUCGCAUCCGGCCAAUUCGGACCGCACGAACACGAACCACGGCGUCUCCUCCCCCUCCUGGGUCCCUCGUGCGGAGAGGCUGUCCACGACCAUGAGUGGUGCGUUCCCCAUCCGUCCUCCGACCGAAAGCCUGUGGACCCCCCUCCUUCCCGCGUCUCUGCAUCUUAG